AGCUAUACCUAUGCGAAAAAAAACUGAAAAAACUGAAGCCUACAGAUUACGAUUAAAGAUUCGAACAUAAAUUGUUUAACAUUAUCUUUUGUACUAUGCAACAAGAUUACUGAUCAGUUAUCACUAAUAUUUGUAUUUUCAUUUUUAUUGUGCAUAAAUUGUAUAAUAUUCUAUCAUUUUACAUCACAAAAGAAUUCCAUUUCAAAACCUUGAAAGUUGAUAUUUGAUUAGUCAUAAAUGUACAAGUUAAUUAUUAUUUAUUAUUAAUGUAGUCAAUGGUCAUUAUAACUUCAUUUAUAAUUUCUGACAUUGAAAUUAACUUUUCUAUGUUUCGUUAAUCGUUAUUGGAUCAUCAUAGGCUGAUAAAUUUGGUCAAAAAUCAUUUUUCAAUAUGGGAAUGUUAUUUGGAAAACCCAAAGUCUCUCGUAUUACCGAGCACGAUCGAGCAGUUCUGCAAAUGAAACAGCAAAGAGAUACUUUAAAGCGAUAUCAACAAAGAGUUGAAAAAUUACUAGAAAGCGAAAGAGAACUUGCUAAAAGACUACUGUCCGAAAACAAAAGAGAUAAAGCAAAGCUUUUGUUGAGAAAAAAGAAAUACCAAACAGAGCAGCUAGAGCGUACCGAAGCGUCUUUGGAUACUAUUGAGAAAUUAAUACAAGAUUUAGAAUAUACCCAAAUAGAAGCCAAAGUUAUUGAAGGCCUUAAAAUUGGAAAUGUAGCCCUUAAAAAAGCAAAUGAAUUAUUUAAUAUUGAACAUAUCGAACAACUUUUGGAUGAAACUAAAGAGGGAAUCGAUAAACAAAAAGAAAUAACCGAUUUACUCAGUGGAGCCUUAUCAUCUGAGGAUGAAGAAGCAGUUGAAGCUGAAUUAAAUGAACUAAUUACUGUAGAACAUCAAAAAGCUAUAGAUAUGUUACCAACUGUACCAUCGGAUGAAUUACCAAUAAUUGUUCCAGAAACCAAAGAGAAAGACAAAUCACCUAUUAAGAAGAUUGCAUUAGAAGCUCAAUAAAAUGUAUUAUAUUCGGUAAAAAUUGCACCGAAUUAAAGUCAACUUAACAUUUUAAUAUAUUAAAAAUUUUAUUUUCUGUUAUUGUGUAUAAUAUUAAAAACUUGUAUGUUUAAUAUAUAUAUAUAUUUAUAUUUUAAA